AGCCGAGGCACACACUGCGCAUGCUCCAACCGCGGCGCCCCCGACUCCGCACUCGGCUGGUUUCGGGCAUUUCCGCCUCUUUGUUUUAAACUCCGCACGGGUUUUUUCUCCUCCUCUUGGGGGGGACCCAGAGGGAGCGGCGCCCCCCUCCCCCUCCCGGCGAGCCCCCGCGUGCGCCCGCUCGCCCGCCGCCCGAGACGCAGACUUCACAAUGUAGCCCUGAUUCCAGGCUGUCAUUCACAGAAAAUGGAAAAGGAACAAGGGACAGAAGGAAGGUACAGAAGCCAGCCAGAACUCAAAGUAAGGAGUGAUCAUCACAUCCACUUGGUGGCCUGAAGCCUCCAUGCCACCGGGUGAGGAAGGACACGCAGACAUCCAGAGGAGUGUAUUUCUCUUGCAGAAGCCAAAGAUGUUGACCAGGAAGAUUAAACUCUGGGAUAUAAACGCCCACAUCACCUGCCGCCUGUGCAGCGGCUACCUCAUCGAUGCAACCACAGUGACUGAGUGUUUGCACACAUUCUGCAGGAGCUGCCUGGUGAAGUACCUGGAGGAGAAUAACACCUGCCCCACCUGCAGGAUCGUGAUCCAUCAGAGCCACCCACUGCAGUACAUCGGUCAUGACAGAACCAUGCAGGACAUUGUUUACAAGCUGGUGCCAGGCCUCCAGGAAGCGGAAAUGAGGAAACAGAGGGAAUUCUAUCACAAACUGGGCAUGGAGGUACCAGGUGACAUCAAGGGGGAGGCGUGCUCAGCGAAACAGCACUUAGAUCCCCGCAAUGGUGAAACCAAAGCAGAUGACAGUUCAAAUAAAGAGACAGCAGAAGAGAAGCAGGAAGAGGACAAUGAUUACCACAGGAGUGACGAGCAGGUGAGCAUCUGUCUAGAAUGCAACAGUAGCAAACUACGAGGCCUCAAGCGGAAGUGGAUCCGAUGCUCAGCCCAAGCAACAGUGCUGCACCUGAAGAAAUUCAUCGCCAAGAAACUCAACCUUUCCUCCUUCAAUGAGCUGGACAUUUUAUGCAACGAAGAGAUCCUGGGCAAGGACCACACUCUCAAGUUCGUGGUUGUUACAAGGUGGAGAUUCAAGAAGGCGCCCCUCCUGCUACACUACAGACCCAAGAUGGACUUGCUGUAAGCCCAACCAGACUCAGCCCACACCCAGAGCUCUACACGGCAAAGAGAGCGGUGGAAUGUUGCCUCUGGGUGCCAUGCGGACCAGAUUUCUGAAUAGAGAAUAUUUAUAACUUUUGUAUGAGAGAAUCCACUCCCAACAAGACACUACCAGCACGCGUUUACAGAGGAUGAAAACACUUCGCAGCUCGCUCGUCUCUGCUUCAGGUCCACAGGCCAGAGAAUAAGUGAAAUAGUGACACGUUUCUACACCACGUCUGACACACAGCACCUCUGCUUGCUUUCCGGGUCUUGAGAAUCUUGAGUUCAUUUCAGUUUUAAUUCGUGGCUUAGGUUUCAUGAUAAGCCUCAAAAAUACUUGUACUUUUAAGUCCUUCCUAAGUUAUUGAAAGUCUUUUCAUGGUAAAUAUUUAUGUUGCCUUUAGCUUCCUGAAGACUUAAGAGAUAUAUAAAAUUUAAUUUAACGUAUACCCAAAGAGGCUUGCACAAUGCUAUGAUUUAGCCAUGGUGUUUAAUCUCCCACCUUCUAGAGUACUGCAGAAGCCCGUUCCCAAGGUUGAGACUUAGGCUGUGCAUUCUGGGGUGGCCUGUGUUGGCUGGGCAAGGCAAGACCCUCAUCACUCCCCAGUGUCGUGUGGCUGCAAUCGGCACCCUCAGUAAGGCAAACUAAAGGUUGUAUGGCCAGUGCGGCGUUUUGGCUUGUUGAAAAGUUCUUAAAAAAAUAGUUUUUUGGAAAGGCCAUUACUGAAGUUCCUGCAGUUUCGUUUCUGUUCUCCUUCUGGUAAAAUUUGAUGGCUGUGUUUGUCAAUUACCCAACAGCACAAGCCAUCCUGUGGAGAGACUAUAAGAUACUUAGGAGGGAGCCGCUAGCCUCCAUGUUCCUGGUCAUUGGCGUUCCAGGCUUGCCUUCCUGCUCGUGGGGUUAACAUGCAUACUUUGGGUCCCCUUUUCAUGAAAAGUAACUGAGCAACCUGCUCCCUUGAAGCAGUUCUGUUCAACAGAAUUUGCUUUUUCGGUCACAGACAGGAUACUGUUUAACACACACGCCCCUUUCUCACAUGUCUUUUUUUGUUUUGUUAGGUUAGAAAAUGAAGAAGAUGCCAGCAUAUCCAGCUUUAUUCCCUUUACGGGGUUUGAAGGCAGAGUAAGAAGAAGGGUCCUGGGGACCCAGGGACCUCUUUCAGUCUGGGGGUGCCCUCUUGCCUCUCACACUUCCUGCCCUCCCAGGCCCCAUGGGAAUUAUAAAACCCUGUAAUCCCGGUAGACCUCUGCUCUGGGUGAGCAUAUGAGGAUCUUGGUGUGUCUGAGGGCCAGGCUUUCUGAGUCUUUGCCUUAGCAACUGGAAUUUUUGUUUGCUUGCUUGCUUGCUUUGACAGUUGGGAUUGGGUUUGAAAACACCACUUACUCUUCUACUUCCUCUUACACAUGCACGAUGCCAGAAGCAGCGACUAAUGAGACAGUAGGAAAAAAAACAUCUAAAUUAACUCAGUCUAAACGAAAGCAAGCUCUUUGUUUCUAUUUGAUCAAAAUCCACCUCUCUAUUUAAGCCCAGGACUGUUUAGAUUAUUCAGUUUUCUGAGUUAGCUAUUCAUCCAAAUCAUUUCUAGAGUUACUAUACGAGGGUUUUUGCGUCAAUAUUACCUGUCUACCUCAGAACACAAGUGCUGCUGAAGCAUUCUGCAAGACCGUGUUCUCACAGUGCAGUUACAUUAGAAUUUAGGUAUUUUCCCGUGUGGUAAAACUAAAGAAUUAAACAGUUAGAAGCCUCCAAAUUCAAAUAAAGUUAAUUUACAGUUCAGAUCAAACUUAGUAUGGCUGUGUAAUCUCAUGAUAUAUAUUUAUAACUUUGUAGCUACUUUUAGAAUCACUUGACUUUGCUAUGGUGCUAAGUUGACAGAUCUAAGUAUUCAGUGAGGCUGACACUGCGACUAGUGUCCUAGCCGGGCGCCACUGCCCCAGCAGCCCUGCUUCUCUCACCACGUUAGCCUGAUAAACCUCAGCAGCAAAAAUACCUAUUUUUCUAAGAUUCCAUCAUGCGCCUGUCUGCUCUGCAGACAGUUUCCCAAUGCCCUUCUGCCCUUUAGUCUGACCUGUAGCCUUACCUCGCUCAGAGAUGAAGCAGAGUGAGCUGUGUCAGAUGGAAGCUUCCGGGCGCCUUGUUUCACUCCUGCCAAGCUCCAUUUGACAGCCAAGGCCGAAUUGUCCUUUCCAAGCAUGAACACCAGGAUCAGUUGGUGAUUGGUCCUGUCACGCUUUCUCAGCAGGCGAGCUCCUGCAAAGUUGUUUUCAUAGCUGCUGAUGCUAGACACCGGGUGCACGCAGCCGGCAGCUCUGGGACCAGCCUCCCAGCACGGUCUCGCUCAACACCACCUUCACGAAAACAGAAAACUCAAAUAGAAUAUAUAAUAUUGAAUUUAAGAUUUGGGGGGUUAAAAAAAGAAAACUUAACUUUAUAAAAUUAUUUAUUCUAUUUUAAGCCUUCUAUCAUAUUUUCCCAUCCAAUUGUUUGGUUUCCGUGGUCCAGCUUUAUUUACAGGCAUAUAAGAUAAAAUUGUGAGAUGUUUUGCAAGCUUCUUUUAUUUUUUGUAGCCUUCGGUUUGUAUGUUUUUAUAGGGAUGAAGAGCAUUUCUGUGCUUUUGUGCAAUAGGUUCCAACAUGCAUUUAUUAGUGUUUAAAUUGUGAUCUAGCAUCGAUUCUACUAAAUUGAAAGGGAAUAUAGGUGGAAUUUCAAAAUCUGUGCAUUUAGCUAUUUGGUUUUGCCUUUUUCUCUGUUACUAUUAUAAGAAUGCUAUUACUGGGAUUAUGGUGUGUGUGCAUUUGUGCACACGUGUCUGUGUGUAUGUGUGUGUGUGUGUGUGUGUGUGUGUGUGUGUGUGUGUGUGUGUGUACAUGUUCUGAUGAUAUUGAAAGAUAAGCAGCCAGGCAGAAAGUGAUGAGAUUGGCAUCACAUUAGGCUCUCCUCUAUGUGGGUGCACCCUAGUCUUUGGGCUGAGUCUGUGGCUUAGCCACCCUGGAGGUUGGGAUUUCAUUGUUUCCACCUACAAGCCUGGCAGAGCUGCCCUCCACGGGCGUGCUGGCUUCUGGCGCUGCCCUGGCAUCAGAGUCUAUAGAGGCUGCUGUGUUCUGUUUCUAAGGACAUACAGGGUGGUGUUUCACUGUGGUCUCUUUAGAUGAAAUGUUCCAGUAAUGAGCCAAUGAAGUUCUACUUUGUACAUGGAUAUUGAAUAUGCUCCUAAAAGGUUGAAACUAAACUUAGUGCAGAUAGUGAAAUCGCUCUCUCUCUCUCUCUCUCUCUCUCUCUCUCUCUCUCUCUUCUCUCUCUCUCACUUUCACACACACACACACACACACACACACACACACACACACACUCUAUGUCUGUUAGCUCAGGAAAUCAUUUAAGCCCCAAUACAUCACAUAUGACCUUAACAUGAAAACAGAAGUUUUCUCUGCCUUGACAUUAAAUACACCACGUAAAUAAACUGGGAUUUAGAUUAGGAAAACCACUCAACUGUACCCCAGUCUGCAGAUCUUGCAUUUCUCCAGGCAGGGAUUAUCCCUUCAGGCUCCCGUCGGGAACAGCUGUGCAGGCCCGAGGCUCUCACACCCAGUUCCUGGUAUCACUUACUCGUAUCCACGAGCACAGGGAGAGAAACAGCUGGUGUGCCCAUGAGAUGUGUGUGUCGCUUUAGCACAUCCGUUCCCGCUCUCAGCUUGCACCAGACACAUCUUUCCCAGACUAACGGAACAUCGGCUCGCAGGCAGCAGCCCCACCUGUGCUCUCACCUUGGCGUCAGUCACAGCUAACAACUGUCAUGGUGUAUGAAAUGAUGCAGACACAGAUUUUUUGACUGUUUAAUUUGAAAGUUUACAUUUUUUAAUGGUUGUGUUAGUGUGUAAUUUUUGUACCAUCAGUGGCUAGUUUUUGUCUAAAAUCUUUUUUGGAAUAUUGCUUAAUGUUUUGAUUUCAUGACAGUGAAGCUUGUACUCAGUGUUUUGCCAAUUAAUAUUAUAUGCUUGUAAUAAAAGCAGAAGAAAAACUUAUAAAA